GAGGGGGCGUUUCCAACUUUUUGCCUGUGAAUACGGGAGUGAAGCAGGGAUGAGUGCUUGCUCCAUUACUUUUCAACACUUGCAUGGACUGAGUACUAUAAGCAGAGUUGUAGACCAAAGUCAUUGUGGAGCAUCUGUCAGCAAUACUGAGAUUACAGAUCUUGUUUUUGCCGAUGAUGCAGUAAUCUUUGCUAAGUCACUGGAGGUUCUGGUAAUGGUUCUUAAGGCACUGCACGAGAAAUCGAAGCUCUUGAGACUCCAGGUUUCCUGACCCAAGACCAAGGUUCAGGUGUUUGGAGGUUUACAAAAUGAAACAGUACAGUCCGUCCAUGCGUGUGGCGAGAACAUUGAGACCUCGGAAAACUUCAUAAUAUCUUAGUAGUGUAGUGCGUACCGACUGUGGGCCAAGCCAGGGAAUAGUACGACGGAUUGGCCUGGCUCACGGCAUUAUGGACUCGCUCAACACGAAUAUUUGGCGUUGUCGGUACCUGUACGGACGGACGAAGAUUCGAAUCUUCAAGUUGCUGGUGAUCCCUGUCUUACUCUCUGGUUGUGAGACAUGGACGCUGAACACCGAUCUGAAGAGGCGAAUUGAUGUCUUUGGUACUAUAGUAAAACUAAAUUGUACUGACCCGUAGGGCUAGGCCUAUAAUCCGUGCGACGGUGCCAUAUCUCUCAUUACUUCAAAGAAAACGGAAUAACUAUUCUUUAUUUAUUUUAAUGCAUAACUUCGCUAUAAAAAAUAUGUGAUGGACAAUACAUGAAGAUGCCAUAGUGUUUCUCUGUUUUUCACACAAUGCAAAAAUAUGGUCACAUGAUCCCGUUGGCAUCGCUCAGUAAUCAGUGUUCACUGUUUAGUGUUUAUUUCCCGCUCGUUUGUGUUGGCGCCAAGGCUGAAGGGUCCGCAUACAAGCCUCAUUCCCACCUGAAAUGUUACAGGACAGAUGGAGAGAAAAGGAGGCAAACAGAUAUCUCCUCGGCAGCGACGCCUGAAUGAUUUCUUCAAAUCCACCCAAAAUAGUUCAAAUCCAAUGAAUAAGGGAAAUGCUUUGCUUAAUAAAGUUGGGGCUGCACGUCCCGUUGCUACUGUGUCUCCUAUGGCAGGUCCAUCUAAGCCAAUUUAUAUAAGUGAUGAUGAUGAUGAUGACUUUGAGGACUUGAGCAGUGUGCCACGUGUCAAGGGUACUCAGGAUCCACAUAGUAAACAGACUAAGAAAGAAACUGAAGAAGAGGAGGAAGAAGCAGUACAAGCAGUUCGUAAAACCACAAAGCGGGUCAUUGAAUCAGAUGAUGAAAAUGACAUUGAGGACUUGAUAGAUGACUCAUCACCUUUAAAAAGCAAGUUUGAUGAAGAGUCAGAGAGUGGAUUGGCCAUUGAAGAUGAAGAUGAUUUUUUUCAAGAUGACUUUUUUGGAUGUGAGGAAGAAGAGAAACCUGGAUGGAAAGAGAUGUUGAAGCAACAGGAUUCUCAGGAGCUUACCAGCACCACAAAUGCUGCAUCAGAUGCUGCAGUAAUUGAAACACAUUCCCAGGAUACGUCUUCUCAAAGUUGUUUUGGCAAAACUAAAGUCAAUGGAAUAGAAAAUGAGAAAGUCUUAUCCUCAGUGUCAAAUUGCAGCACUCAGGCAGAAGGAGGCAUGCCUGUCUUGUCCCUCAAAAAUACAGCUGGUGCAUCAGACAGGAUACCUAACCCCAUACAAGGCUCUUCCACCAAAGGCCUGCAGGAUGCUUGCAAGACCUCCUUUUUGAAUAUGCCUAACUUUGAAGCUUCUCUUGGGGCCAUGAGUGAGGACCAGAUUCUAAAGCAUCCGAUAUUAAGGGUUAUAGAAUUGGAGGAAGAUGACAUAUCAAUGAUAAAUUCCCUCCAGUCGUCCCUGCUCAGCAUAAUGGCAAAGCUGCUGAUGAGUCUUCCCCUUGGAGCUCUGCAAGAGGUGCCCAAUUACAACACAACACAGCACAUGAAAGCUGUGGCUGCAUACAAGAAAAUAGUGAAGUGUUUGGAGAAUUAUGAAGAGUGUCAGAGAAAGAGAGAAUUACAAGAUCCUCAAUCUUUUAGUGAUAAUUCACUAUGCCUCAGCCCUAAUGAACAGCAUUAUAGAUCAACUCUCCAUUCAAAAAAAAGUUUCAGCAUCAAUAAGAAUACUAGUGUUCUUUCUUGUGAAAAUCAAGAAAUGAAUGCUAGAACAGUGCCUGAUUUAAACAGUACCAUAGUUACAAAUGAUUCAAUGGGAAUGGCUCAGUGUAAAAAGUCCUUAGACUUCUCAGCUGAUGCUAGAAGUGAUAGAAUCUCAGAUUCUGAAGUGCAUCAAGGUAGUCCCAGCAACCCUCCCAGUACUUCUAAAGUAUUACAGGGAGGUUCAAGUGCAGCAGUGAAUGCAUCUAUGUUCUCAUCCAUCCAUACCAACACACCUAAUGUGGCUAAUGCACAAAAGACAGCUUUACCUCGAAAAUUCUCUUUUGGAAGCCAUCGGAAGUUGGCAUCAGAUUCAGGCAACUCAGGACCAGCAGGCAGUGACAAACUUAGUGGGCUGAGGACAACCAAUGCUAGACCUUUAUUUAGCCUCACAAACACUUCUGUAACACCCAAUAUUAGUGCUUCAGUGGGUGUUAGUGAGCUCAGAAUUACCAAUACCAAUACCAGAUCUUUAUUUAGUCCAACAAACACUUCUGCAACAUCAAACACUAGUGCUUUAGUGAGUGCUCCAGUUCAUGCCAGCACAAGUAGUUUUGGAAAAUGUAGUACCAAGUCUGUGUGGCAAGAAGACAGUGAUUUGGGAUCAUCUACUUUGGUUGGAAAAAUGUCAACAGCCACUGUUCAUCCCAGAUCUGAGAAUUUAGAGAAAAGGAUCAAACAAACAGAUAACUCCAAUGAGUUUCCUCCUGAUGAUGUAAUGGAAGACGACUUCAUUGAGGUGACGCAGAAUGAUGCCAGUGAGGCCUACACUCAAGAAAGACUACAAGUGACAGGCAGCUGGAGGCUACAGGAAAAACAAAAUCCUGCUCCUAGUUAUGGUGAAGAGACAAGUUUACAAAGAGUAUCCACCAUGCCUAGCAACACCAUGAUAAUGGAAGAUGAAUUGGAAGAUGAGGAUUUCAUUGAUUUUGAUGAGACAGUAUCUCUGGGAUCUAUAGCUAGGGAAAAGUCAUGGAAAGAAGGACCUUUUGCUGUUCCUGGAAAAUUGGUGAAAGCAACAGAUAAAACAUUCAUCUCCAAAGAAAAAAAUUACACCAAAGCUAUUUACAAGUCACCAAAUAAAGAACAGACCCCCUCCAUGAUUCCACCUGGCUCUGCUCGGUUCACUGGCAAUGUGAGGAAUGAUGGCGUGACGGGCGAGUUCAGUGGCAUGAACUACCCACACUGCAAAGAGAUGCUCAAGAUAUUCCAUCAGUGCUUUGGCUUGAGGCAAUUUCGGGAAAAUCAAAAAGAGACAAUCAACGCGGCUUUACUUGGCAAGGACUGUUUUGUACUCAUGCCCACUGGUGGGGGGAAGAGUUUAUGCUACCAGUUGCCAGCAUGUGUGACAGAAGGGGUCACCAUUGUAAUUUCACCACUCAAGUCCCUGAUGCAAGACCAGGUGCAAAAAUUGGCCUCCCUUGAUAUCCAUGCUGGACGUCUUAGUGGGGACAUCAGUCUACAGGAAGAGAACCAGACUUUCUUAGAUCUUUCAAGGAAGGAAAUAACCAUGAAGCUCUUGUAUGUGACCCCUGAAAAGAUUAGUGCCAGUCAGAAAUUUACUGACCUCCUGGAACGACUCUACAACCAUCAGAGGCUUUCAAGAUUUGUCAUUGAUGAGGCCCACUGUGUUUCAGACUGGGGACAUGACUUCAGACCAGACUAUAAGAAACUGAAAAUUCUACGGGAGCGAUUCCCUGGAGUGCCCCUCAUGGCCCUGACAGCCACAGCCACACCAAGAGUCAGGGUUGACAUCCUUCACCAACUUGGACUUGAUGCUGACACAAAAUGGUUCCUCAAUAGUUUCAACAGAAUUAACCUGACAUACCAAGUCUUGCCAAAGAAAGGAAAAAAGGUGACUGAUGAGGUGGCUGAGCUCAUAAAAGUCAAGUACAAGAAUCAGUCUGGCAUUGUGUACUGCUUCUCUCGAAAGGAGUGUGACACUGUGGCUGCUGAUCUUUCUAGAUGUGGGAUUAUGGCCAAGAGUUACCAUGCAGGGCUUGCAGACAACCAGAGGAGUAAUAUCCAGAAUCAGUGGAUUAAUGACAAAGUCAAGGUGAUCUGUGCCACAAUAGCCUUUGGGAUGGGGAUUGACAAGCCAGAUGUACGCUUUGUCAUCCACUACUCACUACCUAAGAGUAUUGAGGGCUACUACCAAGAAUCCGGACGUGCCGGGCGGGAUGGUGAUGCUGCAGAUUGCAUCCUCUUCUACUCCUAUUCAGAUAUGCAUAGAAUCCGGAAGCUGAUUGAAAUGGAUCAAGAAAAUUGGCAGGCAAAACAGAAUCACUUUGAUAACCUGUGGCGAAUGGUGGCUUUUUGUGAAAAUCGAACUGAUUGUCGUCGGUCACAGAUACUCAACUAUUUUGGAGAAAUAUUUGAUCGUGAGAACUGCCGUCGCAACAUUCAAUUGGCAUGUGACAACUGCAAGAACUUGUCAUCAUAUGUGAAGCGGAACAUGACCCAGGAAACUCGCACCAUCCUGCAGACAGUGAAGCAGCUGUGCACCGGCGGCCGCUGGAGUAACAACUUCACACUUAAUCAUUUUGUGGAUAUUAUGAAAGGCUCAAAGCUCAAGAAAAUCAUGGAUAAUGGACAUGAUCGCCUAUCCCUGCAUGGUAUUGGAAAAGACUUUGGCCGCUCUGAUAUAGAGAGACUCUUUCGACGGUUGGUACUUGAGGGCUACCUGCAGGAAGAUUUAGUUGUCAACAGAGAUGAUAUGACAUUUGCUUACUUGCGGCCUGGACAGAAAUGUGAUAGGUUCCUCAACAAUUCUAGUACCACAUUUCAUGUCGACAUGAUUGCGCACACAAGAACUAAUCAGGUUGUUGCUGACUCAAGCUCAAAGACCAGUGAUGAUAGUGAAAUUAAGGAAAUAGAAAAGAGCUGCUACAAAGAUUUACUCAGUGUAGUAAAGGGCAUUGCUGCAGCUAAGGGCAUCAACUACACCAACGUUAUUAACAUGACUGCUCUCAGAUGCAUGUCUAUGGAACUACCUGAGAGUGAAGAAGAGAUGAUGAAAAUACCUCAUGUGACAAGAGCCAACUAUGAGAAAUAUGGAGAAGCACUCUUGGAUGUUACUAAGCGAUAUGCUGAUCAAAAACUUGUGGUACUGACUGAUCAGGCUAAAGCAGACAUGAUGGAAGAAGAUUCAUCCUUGGGUCUGGAUGACAGCACCAGCUGGAUGAGUGGCAUCAGUGCACCCAGCCCAGGCACUUCUCACUUCAGUAAUGGAAGCGCACGAGGAGGGUUCAUGCGUGGAACCAAGCGAAAGAGAAAUUUUGGCAACUGGAGAGGGAGAGGUAGAGGAAGAGCAAAAAAACAAAGAGGUAAAACUGCUGGUAGCCCAACCAAGCAGUCAAGAUAUGCAGUGUCCCGAACAAAGGUGGCAACAGCAGCAGCAGCAACAACAGUAACAGCAAGUGCAAAAAGAGGAAGUCAAGGACUGAGGCGACCACAAAGCGUGGGAAGAGGAAGUAGUAACUCUCUACUUUUACAAAGGCCAAAACCACAAACACAGUCAUUCCAGACACAGUCCCGAGUAGUGAGAUUCUGAUGACUUUGCAAAAGUGUGACUGACUGAAAUGUUUCCACGUAAUUUUUCAAUUUGUUUGAGGGACUGAGUUUAAUUUUUAUUUAGCAGAAAUAGUCUAGCUACUAGUAAUUUUCAUUUGGUUGGAAUAGUCUGGUUAUUGGUUACAUGCACUGUGUGUAGCUCCAGUACUGCCAGUAUAUCCACUGCAGAUUUCAAAAGUCAGCUAAGAGAGGUAUAAAUAUUUUAAUUCCCAUAAUGAGACAAGCUUAUCUGGAGUACUUUUAAGGUUUCAACCUACAUAAAGAGACAUACUUAGAUGAAUUACAU